UCAUGGAUGUGAGCAACAAAUGUAUCUCUUGUAUUCUCUGAUGAAUUUCAAUCAUGGACCAAGUAUAAGAUCCCCCCUGUGGAACUAGGACCUAUCAUGAAGUUAUGGGAUAAAGUUUUCACUUGUUACUUGCUGCUGGACCACGUCCUCACAAACCCACUGCUGAGAAGUUUACAGUCCCUCCCAGCGGGACCGCUCCGUUAUGACUCACAGAGGAGGCUGGAUACAUCCUCAGCAUCUGAGUCAAGAAGUAUGACGGACAACAGACAACAAAAAUCACCAUUCAAAGACGAUAUGAUAACCCAGAGCCCCCAGCAGCUAGAGGAUGUUCUGGACUUCAUCAAGAGCACUAUCAGUAGACUGAGGAGAUCAGCCGAGCAGGGCACAGACUUGGCACUGAUGGAGAAGCGGCCGAGGAGGAGGGCACAGGCAGGAGGGAGGAGAGGGCAGAGUGGGGGCACGUGGGCAUCGGGUCAGGGCGGCGGCGGCGGCAGGCGUCGAGGGAAGGGAGGCAGCGGCCAGGCUCAUGGCUGCAAGCUGAGGCAGAUCCAGCUGAACGUGUCCGACCUGGGGCUGGGCUACCAGACCAGAGAGGAGAUGAUCUUCAGGUACUGCAGCGGGCCCUGCACCAACUCCGAGACCAACUACGACAAGAUCCUCAACAACCUCACGCAAAACAGGAAGCUGCUGCGGGACAGCCCGCCACACGCCUGCUGCCGUCCAAUUGCAUUUGAUGAUGACCUGUCAUUUCUGGAUGAUAACUUGAUAUACCACACCAUGAAGAAGCACUCGGCCAGAAAGUGUGGCUGUGUCUGA